CUAGGUACUAAUGGGAGGUUGCAAUUUGUAUCUAUAUUUGGUAACAAUCUUACUGGGAGUUUGCCAGUAAGUCUUUGCAGAGGAGACAGACUUCUAGAAUUGCUUGUAUCCGGUAAUCGGUUGAUUGGGCCAAUUCCCGAGAGUUUGGGGAGUUGUAAGUCACUUGUAUACAUGGACAUUGGAAAUAAUUUCUUAAAUGGGUCGAUUCCUAAGGGUUUGUUUGGCCUCCCAAACAUUUUUGUAAUUGGGCUUAAUGACAAUCAUCUUACUGGCCGAGGUUUCGAUGAGAGUACUAGUCUUUUUUCAGUUAGUCUUAUAGGGUUAGAUCUCUCCAAUAAUCAGCUAACCGGGGAGUUGCCUGCUAGUAUUGGAAACUUUUCAAAUCUUCAAUAUUUAUCACUUGAUGGGAACAAGUUCACCGGAAGUAUCCCUCCGGAGAUUAGCAAGUGUCAAGCGCUACUUGAACUUGAUCUCAGCUCAAAUCAAUUCUCCGGUGAGAUACCUAAUGAAAUUACAGGUAACAAAUCCAUUUGCAAUUUGGAUGAAAUUAGCUUACUUGAUUUAUCAAACAAUACUUUGACUGGGGAAAUACCGCAUUGUCUUGGAAAUACUAGCGCUUCACUUGAGGCAUUGAAUCUCCAAUUAAACAAGCUCAACGGAACAAUACCACCAAAUUUCUCAAACUGUGAUUCUUUAAAGUUUCUACAUCUGGGUGACAAUCAACUGGAAGGGGUUGUACCCAAGUCUUUGUCCAAGUGUCGAAGUUUAAACUUUCUAAAUCUCGAGAACAACAAGCUAACGGGUAUAUUUCCUUCAUCGCUAGAUAGCCUUCCACAACUCCAAGUUCUCGGCCUGCGUUUUAAUGGCUUCUAUGGUCCUAUAGCUAGCUCAUCACCAAAGGUUAAGCGUCCAUUCCCAAGGCUACAAAUUCUCGACAUCUCUAACAAUAAUUUUGGUGGUAAGUUACCAGAAAGAUAUAUCAAACACUUUGAGGCCAUGCUCAAUAUGAACGAGUCUAGUCGUGAGGGUCCUGAAUACUUGGAAGUCGGCUACUCCACGACAUCUUCGAUCGUGUUGACAUACCAUGGAAUGCAACAAAACUAUCUUAACAUUUUUAUAACGAUGUCGGUCUUGGAUAUGUCCAACAACAACUUUGUUGGGCAGAUUCCGGAUGUUAUAGGGCGAUUACACUCACUUCGUCAUCUUAAUCUCUCGCAUAAUCUCUUAACCGGGAACAUACCUCUAUCAAUUGGAAAAUUAUCUUUGCUUGACGGUUUGGACCUUUCAUCAAAUAGGCUCAGUGGUCGAAUCCCUCAAGAAUUAGUUAGUUUAACAUUUGUUGGGGUCUUUAAUGUUUCCAAUAAUCUAUUGGAGGGGCCUAUACCUCGUGGUAAAAACUUUGAUACAUUUUCAGUUGAUUCAUACAAGGGGAAUCCCAAAUUGUGUGGACAACCAUUGCCAGCGUGUGGAGACAGAUACCCGAAAGUUAUCAUCAAUGAUAGUCACAAUACUACUGAAGAUGAUAGAAGUAUUUUGUCAAUGUCAGAAAUCAUUAUGAUGGGAUUUUGUAGUGGUGUGCUAGUUGGGUUGGCGUGGGGAUAUUAUAUGUUUUCAAUAGGAAAGCCCUUUUGGUUUAUCCGGUUGGCCAACAAAAUGGAAUUGGUGUUGCUUGAUCUUUUCGAUGAGUACUUUGGUAGGCGAGGUAGAACAACAAGACAAAGGAAGAUCUGAAAAGAUGAGUGAUAAGCAUGAGUAUAACCUUGUUAUCCAUAGUUGAGCAGUAUUUUAAGUGUCAAUAAAUAAUAAUAAACUAAUUGUCUUGUUUAAGAUUUGUAUUUUUAUUCUCAAAACUAUCUUAUUUUUUAUGUAGUUGAAAUACGCAUGGAGUUGGAUUGGCACGUGCUGUUUCUAAUAUAAAACCAUUUUGUUCAGCUUCCA